AUGGACGGGAAGGACUUACUGCGCUUUUGCCGGCUCAUAGGAGCCAGACGCAUGCGGCGUGCAGCAGUGGAAACAGCAGCCGCUCGCUUCCCCGCGACGGCGACAGCUACCCCACAUGAAAGCAGUGCAGCAGCGGAGGAAGCCGCCGCUGAGCAGGCAGCGCUAGCCGAACUUAUGCCGCGUGUGGCGUAUCAGGUGUCAUCCUUGCCUCUGCGAGGGAUCUUGGAAGUCUUACAAACAACGCAAAGCGAUAGCCGCAUGCUCGCCGCAGUUGUGCUUGCGCUGCGGGGGGGGAGCUCGGCUGCUGCAGCAGCCCCUCAAGACUUUGUUGCUUGCGCCAAGGCGCUGGCAGCUGCUGGCAUUGGCGAUCAUCAGGCCUUCGGUAAGCCUUCGUUUGCGGCAGCAGCAGCGGCUUGAGCUGCUGCGUGGCUGAAACGCCGCCUUUGUCGUGCAUUUGUGUCUGCAGAGGCACUCGACAAGCGAUGUGCCGAGGCUUUCAGCCUGUGGCAUCCCGGAGAUGUGGGCACUCUCGUCGCUGCCGCAGCAGACAUGGGUAUAGCGCUGCCGAAGACACUGCAGCAAAUCGCUGCGCAUGCACAGUCUGUCACGACCAGAGCUUCUCUCGGAGACAUCGCGUUGCUGGUCAUGGCGUGUUUCCGCCUGCAGCGCGUGCCGCAUGCCCUCCGCUGUGGAGUUGCCAUGCGACUGCAUGCAUCCGCAGACGAUCUGCACCAGCAGGCUCAGCAGCAGCAGUACCUCCAGCAGACGCGGGAGCAGCUACACAAGGAAGUUGCUGCGCUGCCUGCCUCUGCUGCCGCCGACCUCUUGACUGCAGCGGCAGUUCUCAAACUGGGAAUCCCGCCGGAGACUCUGCGCCUUCUCCUGCUGCGAUCUUCUCCCCACCGCCUCGAGCUUCCAUGCCUGGCUCGGCUGCUAGGGGCCCUCUAUCUUCAGGCGGCGCAGAAGCUCCCCGUCCCUCUGACUUUCUGGAUGCUUGCGGCUGGUCGUGUCUUGGACCUUACUGGCUCCGUUGCCUUGCAGUUGCUGCACGAGUGGCACCGGCGGCAGCGCGGGGGGAGGAGAAGACUCCCUCCUGCCCCGGCAGCAGAGCCCACACCUCAACCCCCAGCAGUGCACCCCGCCAGCUGCUGCACUCUGCUGCACGCAUUCGCUGCUGCCGAAGCAACAACAGCGACUGCCACAGGGGACGGCGGACUGGCAGCUCCUCUGACUGCUGUGCGGCAAGCUCUCCAAAUGAUAUAUGUGCUGCAAGAGAAGCAGCAGCAAGUCUGCCCGCAAUCGCUUAAGGAUUUCCUCAAGGCUCAGCAGCACUCCGCAGUCUCUCGGGGGAUUUACUGGGGAAAGGCGCCAGUCGGUGCUCUCGUCUUCGGGGGGGUGGAAGGAGAAGAAGCAGCUGGCGUCUCUCCGCUGCUUGCACCUCUGCCAGAAGCAUUCCCUUGCUCGCCUUUCUUUCGGUGUGUAGAAGAAGAAGCAGCCUGUACGACCUUUGCUGAGCACGCCGCUGCUGCUGCUUUCGCCAGGGGCUCCACUGAGACUGCUGCCGCUUUUGCCUCCGAGGUUGUUAGCAGUUACUGCGAGAGGAUGUUUUCCAUACCUCUACCCUCUGCUGGGGUAGGCCCCUCCCGGAUUGAAGCUGAAGGCUCCUGCAGUCCACCUUUGGGGGGGCCCCCUGUCCUCCAGCUCAGAGGGGCAGUGGCUGAACGCGAGCUGUUUGCGGCAUUGAUGGAGCAGGGAGCAGACUUCCUCGUGAGUGUGCAGCCUGUGGAGUCGACGGCGUGCAGUGUCGGUUCCACUCUUACUCCCGCUGUCUCCGCAGCCGCAGUCGAGCCAGCGCGCAACACGGCAUACUGCUACCUGCCGCCCUCCUCUUUGCACAGUUCAGAGAGGCAAGGCGAGCCAGACACUGACGCUGACACCCUGCCCCUCUCGUGCACUUCAGAAAUGCACAAGCUCAGUGUAGAAAGAGACAGCAGCGGCCUCUUGUGGGUUGGGGGCAUGUGUGCGCUGCACCAAGACACUGCAGCGGCCCUUAGAUCCUUGCAGUGGGGGGGUUGGAAGAUUGUCUUACUCCCCCACCGUCUGUGGGAGGGGCCCCCACGGCAUGUGCGGAUAGAGGCCAUAUGCAGGGCACGCCAGACUGUCCUCAUGGAAGGAUGCCACUAG